GGGAGGAGGAGUGGCUGGGAGCUGACCCCACCCAGGAGAGGUGCCUGACUGCGCCACUCAGGGCGGGCUGGGCUGCGAGCGGUCUUCGGGGCUGAUCUGGACGCAGCAUGUACACACCCAUCCCGCCCAGCGCUUCCCCAUUCUCAGCCUCCGUGCAGGCUCCCGGCCUGCACAUAUGGCGCGUGGAGAAGCUGAAGCCCGUGCCUGUGGCCCCCGAAAACCAGGGCGUCUUCUUCUCGGGGGACUCCUACCUGGUGCUGCACAAUGGCCCGGAAGAGCUCUCACACCUGCACCUGUGGAUAGGCCAGCAGUCCUCUCGCGAUGAGCAGGGUGCCUGCGCCGUGCUGGCCGUGCACCUCAACACCCUACUAGGGGAGCGGCCUGUGCAGCACCGCGAGGUGCAGGGCAACGAGUCUGACCUCUUCAUGAGCUACUUCCCGCGAGGCAUCAAGUACCAGGAAGGUGGCGUGGAUUCCGCGUUCCAUAAGACCUCGCCAGGGACCGCCCCCGCUGCCAUCAAGAAACUCUACCAAGUGAAGGGGAAGAAAAACAUCCGGGCCACUGAGCGGGCGCUGACCUGGGACAGCUUCAACACCGGGGACUGCUUCAUCCUGGACCUCGGCCAGAACAUCUUCGCCUGGUGUGGGGGAAAGUCCAACAUCCUGGAGCGCAACAAGGCGCGGGAUCUGGCCCUGGCCAUCCGGGACAGUGAGCGGCAGGGCAAGGCCCAGGUGGAGAUCGUCACCGACGGGGAGGAGCCCAGCGAGAUGAUCCAGGUUCUGGGCCCCAAGCCUGCGCUGAAGGAAGGCAACCCUGAGGAGGACCUCAGAGCUGACCAGACCAACGCUCAGGCUGCAGCUCUGUACAAGGUCUCCGAUGCAACUGGACAGAUGCACCUCACCAAGGUGGCCGACUCCAGCCCCUUUGGCUCUGACCUGCUGAUACCCGAUGACUGCUUUGUGUUGGACAACGGGCUCUGUGGCAAGAUCUACAUCUGGAAGGGACGAAAAGCUAAUGAAAAGGAGCGACAAGCGGCCCUCCAAGUGGCCGAGGACUUCAUCUCCCGCAUGCAGUAUGCAUCGAACACUCAGGUGGAGAUCCUUCCCCAGGGCCGAGAGAGUCCCAUCUUCAAGCAAUUCUUCAAGGACUGGAAGUGACCCGCCCCGCGCUCCUGCCUGUGCCUCCACCCACUCUCUGCCUCCCGAUACCCAGCCAGUGUGCAAUAAAGGAAACAAGCACCUUCCCA